AACGUGUUGCGGAAACGGCGGGCAGUGGUAUACGACAACGACAGAUGAGAAAAAUUAAUCGGUGCAACUGUUAACGAGAUAGUUCAUAGAUCGACUAGAGGCUGCUGCCACAGCUGGACCACACCUGUAAUCGCGACAGGAUGGCGUGUCUGAAGAUCUACUUUGUUCUGCUCUUGGCCGUUGUAAUUGGUGUGGCAGUUGCAAAACCAGGAUAUUUAUACGGAGGCUACGGCUACUAUCCAUACUCUUAUGGUUAUAAGUAUCCGUUUUAUGGAGGCUACGGCCAUGGAUACGGACACGGAUAUGGAGGAUACGGGCAUGGAUAUGGUCAUGGCUAUGGAUUUGGAUAUCCGUUCGGCUACGGCUAUGGUGGUCAUUAUGGUCACGGCUAUUAUUAAGGCGAACACAAAACAACGAGCUUCUCUUUGAUUUCCUGCAACAGCAUCCAAUGAGUGAACCUAGUUCGAAGACGAUCUGCGUCGAUUUCUCUUAAUUACGUGUCGUUUUUGUCGCCCAAGCCGAACCGACGCUUCGAAAAAACAUUUCUGUCCACGCGCGCACACACAUGUUACACCCGUGUAAAAUCGUACACGCAAAUAAUAAUAACCUGUAACAAAAUCCUAAGAAAAGGACAAACCUUCUUAAAAAUAUUGCAAUAUCUCAAUUACGUUAUGAGAUAUUCAAAUAUCGCGAAUAUAUCAAAUAUAUUAUCAAAUAGAUACAUGAAAGAAAAUAAAAUCUCUGUAUUACCUGUGCAUAAAUAGCAACGACUGAUCAAUAAUUAUUAUUAUCGCAA